UGACGCGCACGCAGGCGCUUUCCUUGCCAUAGUCUCCGGCCAUUCUAACGUGGGAGCCGAAAUUCAGUCGCUCAGCUUUGGCAAGGCUGUUUCAAAACGAUGUCACCCACGAUUCCCGAGUUGGCUGAGCAGCGGGGUAGCCAGGAGUCGCACGUUUCUAAAAAGACCCUGAAAGAGGAAAUAGAAUCCAUUCUGAGGGAGCGCAUUAUGGUUUUGGAUGGAGGCAUGGGGACCAUGAUCCAGCAAUAUUCUUUAGGGGAAGAAGAAUUUCGAGGUCAAGAAUUUAAGGAUCACCUGAAACCACUCAAGGGAAAUAAUGACCUGUUGAGCAUAACUCAGCCUGAUAUCAUCUACAAAAUUCACAAGGAAUACUUGCUUUCUGGUGCUGAUAUCAUUGAGACAAAUACUUUCAGCAGCACUAAAAUAGCACAAGCUGACUACAGCCUUGAACACCUGGCUUAUCAGUUAAAUAAAACAUCAGCCCAGAUAGCACGAAAAGCAGCUGAUGAUGUUACUGCAGAGACGGGAAGUAAAAGAUACGUUGCUGGGGCGAUGGGCCCCACAAACAAGACCCUUUCUGUUUCUCCAUCAGUGGAAAGUCCUGAUUAUCGGAAUGUUACUUUUGAUGAAUUGGUAGAUGCCUACACUGAACAAGCCAAAGGUCUUUUAGAUGGUGGAGCAGAAAUCAUGCUGGUGGAAACCAUAUUUGAUACAGCUAAUGCCAAGGCAGCUCUCUUUGCUCUCCAAAAGUUAUUUGAAGAAGAAUAUGAACCGAGACCCUUGUUUGUAUCAGGAACCAUUGUCGAUAAAAGUGGCCGUACUCUCUCUGGGCAGACUGGGGAAGCAUUUGUCAUCAGCAUAUCUCACAGCCAACCACUUUGCAUUGGAUUAAACUGUGCUUUGGGGGCAGUUGAAAUGAGACCUUUCAUUGAAGCAAUAGGAAAGUGUACGACUACUUAUGUCAUUUGUUAUCCCAAUGCAGGUCUUCCUAACACCUUUGGUGGUUACGAUGAAACACCUCAAGUGACUGGCAAGCACAUUAAAGAUCUUGCCUUAGAUGGUUUGGUCAACAUAGUUGGUGGCUGCUGUGGUACCACUCCAGCACAUAUCCGGAAGAUAGCUGAAGAAGUAAAGGCAUGCAAACCUCGUAUCCCCCCUGCCUCUGUCUCUGAAGGCUACAUGCUGCUGUCAGGUCUGGAACCCUUCAGAAUUGGAAAAUACACCAACUUUGUCAACAUUGGUGAACGUUGCAAUGUUGCAGGAUCAAGGAGAUUUGCCAAACUUAUAAUGGCAGGCAAAUACGAAGACGCCUUGAGUGUAGCCAAGGCCCAAGUUGAGAUGGGAGCUCAGAUCCUGGAUAUCAACAUGGAUGAUGGAAUGUUAGAUGGUCCAAGUGCUAUGGCCAGAUUCUGCAACUAUAUUGCUUCAGAGCCUGACAUUGCCAAGGUGCCCCUUUGCAUUGAUUCCUCAAACUUUUCUGUAAUAGAAGCUGGGUUGAAGUGUUCGCAAGGCAAAUGCAUAGUAAACAGUAUCAGUCUGAAGGAAGGCGAAGAGGAUUUCCUCAGAAAAGCAAGAAAAAUUAGGAGAUAUGGAGCAGCAGUGGUGAUUAUGGCGUUUGACGAAGUGGGGCAGGCUACAGAAACAAAAGACAAAAUUUCAAUCUGCACCAGAGCCUAUGACCUUCUUGUGAACAAAAUUGGCUUUAAUCCAUGUGAUAUAAUUUUUGAUCCCAACAUUUUGACUAUAGGUACUGGAAUGGAGGAACAUAAUUUGUAUGCAGUUAACUAUAUCAAUGCAACUAAAACAAUAAAAGAAAAUUUGCCUGGAGCCAGAAUAAGUGGAGGCCUUUCCAAUUUGUCGUUCUCCUUCCGAGGAAUGGAUGCUAUUCGAGAAGCAAUGCAUGGCGUUUUCCUUUUCCAUGCAAUUAAGCAUGGAAUGGACAUGGGGAUUGUGAAUGCAGGAAAUCUACCAGUGUACGAUGACAUCCAAAAGGAACUUUUACAGUUGUGUGAAGAUUUGAUAUGGAAUAAAGAUCCAGAUGCAACGGAAAAACUUUUGCAUUAUGCUCAGACCCAUGCUCAGGGAGGAAAAAAAGUGGUACAGACCGAUGGAUGGAGAAAUGGAUCUGUAGAAGAAAGACUGGAGUAUGGCCUUGUUAAGGGCAUUGAGAAAUAUGUGAUUGAGGAUACUGAAGAGGCUAGACAAAACAAAGAGAGGUAUCCCAGACCCCUGAAUAUAAUUGAGGGGCCCCUGAUGAAUGGCAUGAAAAUAGUUGGUGAUCUUUUUGGAGCUGGCAAGAUGUUUCUUCCUCAGGUGAUUAAAUCCGCUAGAGUUAUGAAAAAAGCGGUGGGCCAUCUUAUCCCAUUCAUGGAGAAGGAAAGAGAAGAAUUACGUGCGUUGUCUGGUAGCAUGGAGGAAGAUGAUCCUUAUCAAGGCACUAUUGUGUUAGCUACUGUGAAAGGAGAUGUCCACGAUAUUGGCAAGAACAUCGUAGGAGUAGUUCUGGGCUGCAAUAAUUUCAGAGUUAUUGAUUUGGGAGUUAUGACGCCAUGUGACAAGAUACUUAAAGCUGCUCUUGAAAACAAAGCAGAUAUAAUUGGCUUGUCUGGUCUUAUCACUCCAUCUUUGGAUGAGAUGAUAUUUGUUGCCAAAGAAAUGGAAAGACUAGAAAUAAGAAUCCCUUUGCUGAUUGGAGGAGCAACUACUUCAAAAACUCAUACAGCUGUAAAAAUUGCUCCACGGUAUAGUGCUCCUGUCAUUCAUGUCCUGGAUGCUUCUAAAAGUGUGGUGGUUUGCUCUCAGCUUUUAGAUGAAAGUCUAAAAGAUGACUUUUUUGAAGAAAUACGAGAAGAGUAUGAAGACAUUCGACAGGAUCAUUAUGACUCACUCAAGGAAAGAAAAUACUUGUCUUUAGAGCAAGCAAGAAAUAAACGCUUCUUUUAUGACUGGAAAACUGAGACCAAACCAGUUAAACCACAGUUCCUUAGCACUAGAGUCUUUGAAGAUUAUGAUUUACAGAAGCUGGUGGAUUAUAUUGACUGGAAACCAUUUUUUGAUGUCUGGCAGCUUAGAGGCAAAUAUCCCAACCGGGGAUUCCCUAAAAUCUUCAAUGAUAAAGUAGUGGUAAAUCUCACUGUAAAACUGUUGAUAGCAAUGGAGCCAUUGAACAGAUGUGAUAAGGAAAACAGAGUCAGUGAUUUUAAGGUUGCAGGAGAAGAGGCAAAAAAAGUUUACAAUGAAGCUCAAAACCUGCUGAAAAGUUUGAUUACAGAAAAUAAGCUUAAAGCCAAAGGUCUGAUUGGGUUUUGGCCAGCUCGAAGCAUUAAAGAUGACAUUUACUUAUAUGAUACAGAAGAGGAGCUACAAAAUUUGGAACCAAUAGCUAAAUUCUGUGGCUUACGACAACAGGUUGAAAAAGACUCUGGUUCCACAGAUCCCUAUUAUUGCCUUUCUGAUUUUAUAUCCCCCCUGGAGUCUGGUGUUUCUGACUAUUUGGGGUUCUUUGCCGUGGCAUGCUUUGGAGUAGAUGAGCUAUGUAAAGAAUAUGAAAAACAGUCAGAUGACUACAGUAUUAUAAUGGUGAAAGCACUAGCAGAUCGUUUAGCAGAGGCAUUUGCAGAAGAACUUCAUGAACGAGUUCGGAAAGAAUUCUGGGGUUAUUGUAAAAAUGAACAGUUGGAAUUUUCAGAUCUACGUAAGAUAAGAUAUGAUGGCAUUCGCCCAGCACCUGGUUAUCCAUGUCAACCUGACCACACAGAGAAAAUCACUAUGUGGAGACUAGCGAAUAUUGAGGAAGCUACAGGUAUUCAGUUAACAGAAUCCCUAGCAAUGUUCCCUGCCUCAGCGGUAUCUGGUCUUUACUUUUCCAAUCCGGCUUCUAGGUAUUUUGCUGUUGGGAAAAUAUUGAAAGAUCAGGUUGAAGACUAUGCCUUAAGAAAAAAUAUGCCUGUGGCAGAAGUUGAAAAAUGGCUUGGACCUAUUCUUGGAUAUGAUUCAGAGUAACAAAAAGUGAAGGGACACAGGGCAGAAAACAUCCUGCAGUCAAGAAGGCUCCACACCCAUUUGCAUUACUCAGGUGACCCUGAGGAGACAGAUAAACCUCCAAGUGCUUCAAGGACUCUCUAAAAGGGGCAAAUUACCAGCUAUCUGCAAGGAAUAUAAAUCCUUCCAUUUCCCCACUAUCCAGUCAGAGAGGAAACGUCUUCAAAGAAAAAAAUAAGCCCAGUUGCCUCCUGAAAAAGCACCUUUGGGACAACCAUGAUCUGGAUGACUGAGACUCUCCAAAGACUUUUAACACAUUGGAAAGGCACAAGGUUGGGAAGGCUGUUUGAGAGAGGGGCAUUUCUUGUAUUAAAAGAUUUGGGAGGAAGAAUAAUUACAGUAUCUUAUAAUUUGCCAUAAUUGUCUAUUUGGAUUGUAUGUAUGGAAAAGACAGCAAUACUAGAUCACACUUUCUUAGUGGAACCUGCAACAAAGUGUUGCAAUUUGGAGUUAUUCUGUUUUGAGGGUAGUAACCUGUUUUCUUCUAAAAUAUGCCAUUGAAAUUUCAAUCCCAACCCCCUUUUUGUAUUUGGUCUCCCAUACAAAGUUUGUUGGCUACCGUGUAUGCUUCAUGAUAGCUAUAAAAUUUUGGAGUUAUUUUACAUAGCUGAUAACAUUCAUCUAUAUGGGUAACAUCAUUUUCACUAUUAUCCCAGGACAAGAAAAGCUGUAGAAUGUGUUGGAAAAGGCUUAAGAGUUCUGGACAUCAUCAGGAAGGAGAAUGAACAAAAGCUGGCUGGGUUGACUGCAGGGUAAACAAGUGGAUGAACAUCAUUGGACCUCUUUGUCUCUAUUCAUUUAAUUUGCUUUUAAUUUUUUGUUGACAUUCUACAGGCACGGAACAAAUGCAGUCUACAUUGUACUUAUUUACCCCACUUUUAGAAUUUGUUGCAUUCUAGCACACUUGGUAUUACCCAAUGUCUACUAAUGCCUUUUUUUUGGUGGCCAUUUUGUUUGCAUAAUGGUUGAUGGUUCACAAGAUAAUCAAGCUGGAAUGAGAAAAAAAGCUGAUCAGGAGAGCACUAGCUCUCAGCUCCUUUGAGAGAUAUUUAAAUACAGAAGAAAACAAUGAGUACACCUACUCAGACAACAAUGAAAAUCAGUUUUUUUUCUUGCUUGGAACAGCUGUAUCAACUAUAAAGACAAGCAAAUAUACUUUUGUUCUGAACACUGGGGAACACUUGUUUCAUGCUCUUGGCACAGAUAUUAUGAUUCACAUUUAGAACUACAGGCAAUCAUUGACAAUACUGAAUUCUUUGAUUUUGGCAGUUCUGGCAAGAAAUAGAAAUGAUACUUCAUGAUUAUCACACUCCAUAAAUAAUAAACAUCAAACAGUGUGAGGCUAUGCUUCAAAGGAAUAAUAAUUAAAACAUAAUCUGAAUAUUGACACGGACAUUUUUGAAUGUCAAAUCAAUUAGAAAAAAACUUUUAAAUAAUUUUAUGUCUAUUACACAUUAGUUGGCAUGUUUAUCCAGAUAAAGGUAGGAGAUAGGUUUGGUCUAGUGGUUAACCAGGGGUGCUAUUCAGCAGGUUCUGACAGGUUCUGGAGAACCAGUAGCGGAAAUUUUGAGUAGUUUGGAGAACCGGCAAAUACCACCUCUGGCUGGCCCCAGAGUGGGUUGGGAAUGGAGAUUUUGGAAUAUCCUCCCCCCCAGGAGAGGGGAGGGAAUGGGGAUUUUGCAAUAUCCUUCCCCUGCCACAUCCACCAAGCCACGCUCACAGAACCAGUAGUAAAAAAAAAUUGAAUUCCACCACUGGUUAAGGCCCCAGGCUAGAAAGCAAAAGAUUGUGAGUUCAAGCUCCAGCUUAGCCACGAAAGCCAGCAGGGCGGCCUUGGGCCAGUCACUCUCAACCCAACCCACCUCAUAGGGUUGUUAUUGUGGGCAAAAUAGGAGGAGGAAGAUGAUAUGCCUUGAGUUAUUUAUAAAAGUAAUAAAGGUGGGAUAUAAAUAAGUGCAUAAAUAUAAAAUGCUGAAGCGGCCCGUGUUGAAGGGAAAUAGCUUUCAUUUUGUCUUACUGAUUUGUUUUUCAUUCUUCAGGUUUGAUCAAAUGAAAGUAAAGGAAAAGAUAUCCCCACCAACUCCAACUAGUAGUAACAGAGCUGGAGCUAGUAAUUUGGAUGGUAAUCUAGGAUCAAUUACGGUAGUUAAGGAAGAGCUAUUUCAAGUCAUGGAACAAGAUUUGGGCUAUAGAAAUUUUUAAAGAAUGUGUGCUGUUGUAUGAGAUCCUGAAGCCAGGCGAUCAGCUAGUCCCUGAGCCGAUAGUGACUAAGAUCAGCCUCUUCACUAAACAAUUGUUCAUUCCUGCAUUCCUACUUCUCUGCCUCAGAGAUCUUUGUAAUACAGGUUGGAUGUGCAUAAAAAAACCCAUAUGCUAAAACCAUUUAUUCAAUCAAUCAAUCCAUUUAUAAAGCUGCCCAUCUCACGAUAAAGUGACUCUGAGUGCCUUACAAUAGAAACAACCACCAUCUUCUUAGCCAUUGUCUAUCCACUGCAGGAUGAAGGCCUCUUCCACGUUUCCAACCAAUAUGAUCCUGAGCCUUCAUUUGCCAAUUGGGCCCACAAUACUUGUUGAUACAGUUGAUCCAUCUUGUUUUAGGUCUCUUUGGGGAACACUUUUUAUCAAGUGGGAUUCAUUCUAUGACUGCCUUGGUCCACCUCCCAUCAGUUGUUCUUGCUAUAUGAUCAGCCCAUUUCCAUUUCAAUUCCCUUAUUCUCUUGAUGAUAUUGUAUACUUCUGUUUGUUCUCUAAUCCUUGUGCAGGUCUUUCUAUCUUGUCUUGAAAUGCCGAGCAUGUAUCUUUCUAUGGCUCUUUGCACCUCUCGCAGUUUUUAUAUUGAUUCUGAGGUUAGUGUCCAUGUUUCACUGGCAUAGGUUACAGCAGAUAGUACACACUAUUGAAAGCUUUUCUCUUCAGGCAUAGGGGGGAGUUUGUUCUUGCUGAAUGCCUGCCAACCACAUUUAACAUGCCAUUUAAUUUCAAUAAUAAUAAUAAUAAUAAUAAUAAUAAUAAUAAUAAUAAUAAUAAUAAUAAUAAUAAUAAUAAUAAUAAUAAUAUCAGAGUUGGAAGGGAUCUUGGAGGUCUUCUAGUCCAACCCCCUGCCCAGGCAGGAAACCUUAUAGGAGAUCCUUUGGCCAAGGUAUAUGUAGGAGUCUACUAUGUCUAGUACUUCUCCAAAUAUAUUUUUUCUUUUUUUGGGGGGGUGAAUUUAUUAAACAUAACCUGGCUCUUUUUCAGGUUUAUUUUUAAGCCAAAUGGUUCUCAUGCUUUGUGCAGCUCUUGUAUGUGUCUUUGUAGCUCUUCUGGGUCUUGUGAGAAGAGAACAACAUCAUUUGCAAAUCUUAAGUAAUUUUAAUAGGCACCAUUGAUUUUUAUUCCAUCCUUUGCCCAGUUUAGUUUGAAAAAUACUUCUUCAAAGAAACUAUCAUGAAAUCAAAAUGUUAAAUAACUACAAUGAAAAUAUGUCAACGAUAUUAUUAAUAACAUGAUAGUGGAGAAAAUUAUUAAAAACAUGCAACCAUCUCAUAAAGUUGCCAUUUCCUUGAGAUGGCCAGGCCUUUUUUAAGUGAGUUUUGAAAGGAUGUCAAGGAGGAAGCCAAUCUUACCUUGGGAUUAUGCAAUUUAUUGCACACACAAGAAAUGCUUUUUUUGCUUGGACUGGCACAACUAAUUGAAAAAAAGCAGGUUAGAACCCCAAAGGGAUUUUAGAGAAUAGCGUUAAAAGUUGUGGCAAAAUUCAUGCUUAUUUAAAAGUAGACUUCUCUAAGCUCCAAGGGUGCUGUGUUUGCAACUUCCAACAUUAUGAACCACAAGCAAAAGAAGCCAUUUAGAAGAGAACUUGUCUGUUGUAGUAUUAUAACCUUGUCAAUAAGUUUCUUGCCUAAAGAUGGGUAAGAUAACAUAAACAGAGGGAAGAAAAAAUAAGGAAUUGUGUUAGAAUGUUUGUGUCAGAAAUAUACAGGACUAUCAAGUUGUACAAGUAGUCCCUGGAUUACUGGGAUUCCUAGUGAUGGACUGGGAACUCCAUCAUUAAACAAUAUGGCGCCCGUGCAUAGUUCUUCAGGUACUGUGUCUAUCAGAUCUAAUUCCUUAAAUCUAUUUGUCACCUCUACUGUAUAUUCAUCAGGGAUAUGAUUUAGUUCAUACCUGAGUGGCCUGGGGCUUUCCCCUACUUUCUUCAAUUUAAGCCUAAAUUUUGCAAAGAGAAGCUCAUGAUCUGAGCCACAGUCAGCUUCUGGUCUUGUUUUUACUGACUGUAUAGAGUUUCUCCAUCUUUGGCUGCAGAGCACAUAGUCAAUCUGAUUUCUGUGUUGACUGUCUGGUAAUGUCCAUGUGUAGAGUCGUCUCUUGAGUUGUUGGAAAAGAGUGUUUGCUAUGACCAUCGUAUUAUCUUGACAGAAUUCUAUCAGCCUGUGCCCUGCUUCAUUUUGUACUCCAAGGCCAAAAUUUCCUGUUAUUCCAGUUAUCUUUUGGCUUCCUACUUUAGCAUUCCAAUCGCCCAUGAUGAUAAGGACAUCAUUAUAUAGUGAUGCACAAUUGGAAGAACUGAACAAGCAGCUGAGAUCAAAUUCUCCUGGAGAAAGUAUGUAUUAGUAGAUACUGUCUCUGGUAAAAUAAAAUAUUUUAAUAAGAAAAUUGGUGUUGACUCUCAGUAGUCACGCAUACAUAUUUUUCCAGGAGAAUCUGUCCUCUGUUGUUCAGUGCUUCCAACUGUACAUCUAUCACUGUGAAAUGGUGAUCUUUUAUCAUCUUACCAAAUUUUUAUUCUGCUUUUUACAACUGGAUGUCAUAUUUUUUAAAUUUCUAUUAAGAUUAUAUUUAUUAUAUAUUUAAAUAUUAAAUAAAAUAUAUAUUAUUAUUUAAAACUGUGUGUACAUCCUUUAUAUGCAGGUAGUUCUUGGCUUACAAUUCAGAAUUCAUUUAGUGACCGCUCAAAGUUACAAUAGCAUUUUUAAAAAGUGAUUUAUUACAAUUUUUCACACUUAUGACUUAUAGCAGGGUCUGCAAACUUGGCUCUUUUAAGCUUUGCUGGCUGAGGAACUCUGGGAGUUGAAGUCCACAAGUCUUAAAAGAGCCAAGUUUGCAGACCCCUGCCUUAUAGCGUCCCCACGCUCAUGUGAUCAAAAUUCAGACACUUGGCAACUGAUUCAUAGUUAUGAUAGUUACAGUGUCCUGGGGUCAUGUGAUCACCUUUUGUGACUUUCUGACAAGCAAAGUCAAAGGGGAAGCCAGAUUCACUUAACAACCAUGUUAUUAACUUAACAGCUGCUGUGAUCCACGUAACAAUUGUGGCAAGAAAAGUUGUAAAAUGAGGCAAAAUGCACUUAACAACCGUCUCGCUUAGCAACAUAAAUUUUGGUCUCAAUUGUGGUAGUAAGUGAAGCACUACCUGUACAUAUAUAAUUUAACUUGGAAGAUAAAAGUAUUGCAAUUCCUUAACAUAUUAACAUAGGGAAAAUUAUGUAAUUUAUGUUAAUUAUAUAAUUUUAAGAAACAUACUUAUUACAAUAGCCAUCUGGUUCAGGAUACUUUACCUCAAGGUGUUUUUUGAGGCAGAACAGGUUUUCCAGGCUUAAUGUGCACUGAUUUCAUUCUGCUCUGGUUCCUACAGUUAAGAGGUCUGAAAUCCUUUCCCAGAACUAUCUUUAAUGUGCAGCAUGAAACUUCCCAGCUCUUAGAUUAAUUCAUUAAGUUCUUACAUAUUUUUAAAGCUCCUGUACAAACGUUAAUUAUGCAAAGUUCAACGUGUUACUGAUUUUUAAAAAAGUCAUUGUAAUAGGGUAUUCUUAAAAAUGCAGUCAAUAAAAUUUGUAAAAAUAAAAUUCUAACAAUGUUGAUGAAGAGUAACAAUAAUUGUAUUUCCUUUCAUCACACUGAUAUUAAAUUAUCCUCAAAGAGGAAACUGUUGAAGUAUAUUAUUGUCAUUUCAAUGUAUAAUAAAGAGGUUUCUCUUUUC